CCACGAAACAAAUCAUGUCGCAGCCGAUCGAAGACGAAGAAGAAGACUACGGACCAUUGCUUAUUUCUCAUUUAGAGCAAAGCGGCAUUUCGGCGACAGACAUCAAGAAGCUAAAAGAUGCUGGAUUCUUCACAGUGGAAGCCGUGGCUUAUGCUCCGAAAAAAGCAUUGCUCGCCAUCAAGGGCAUUUCCGAGACGAAAGCUGAUAAAUUCCUCGCUGAAGCUGCCAAAGUUGUCAAUUUAGGCUUCACUACAGCGAUGGAUGUUCACCAACGACGACAAGAGAUCGUCACCAUCACAACCGGUUCCAAAGAUCUCGACAGAGCACUGGGAGGCGGUAUUGAAACGGGGUCAAUCACUGAAAUUUUUGGCGAGUUCCGUACCGGAAAAAGUCAACUGUGCCACAUGCUCGCCGUCACUGCCCAGCUUCCCAUCAGCUUUGGAGGAGGUCAAGGCAAAUGCUUAUACAUCGAUACCGAAAGUACAUUCCGUCCGAGUCGUAUUCUUUCAAUAGCACAACGGUAUUCAUUAAAUGGAGAAGAAACAUUAGACAACAUCGCAUACGCACGAGCUUACAACACGGAUCACCAAACAUCACUACUUAUUCAGGCAGCAGCUAUGAUGUCGGAGGCAAGGUUUUCGGUGCUGAUUGUGGACAGCGCGAUGGCGUUGUAUCGUACAGAUUAUGCAGGGCGAGGAGAAUUAGCCGCACGACAAAAUCAUUUGGCACAGUUUCUACGGCAUUUGCAGCGAUUAGCAGAUGAGUUUGGUGUAGCCGUAGUCAUUACCAAUCAAGUCGUCGCUCAGGUCGACGGAGCGGCAUCCAUGUUCAACCCGGAUCCCAAAAAACCAGCAGGUGGAAAUAUUAUUGCUCACGCUUCCUGUACAAGAUUAUAUCUUCGAAAGGGACGUGGCCCCAACCGUAUAUGCAAGGUGUAUGACUCACCAUCAUUACCAGAAAAUGAAUGUACAUUUGCCAUCCAGGAAGAUGGUAUUUCAGACGCUGUCGAAAACUAAUUUACCAAUCAAAAAACUGUAAAGCAUCUCAUGAAUAAAUAUAUAAACAAGCAAGCCUCCGGACAAUAUUCC